GGUGACUAUACAGGUCAAAGAUCCCUCAGGCCAGCCUGUAGCCAAGUCAUUGCCAAGGACUCUAUCAGGGACACUGAGAUGGAAAUACCAGGGGAGCCAGCUGCCGAUCUUGGGCAGACACUGGAGUGGCUGAGGAGGGAGCUGGCUGAGAUGCAGAUCCAAGACCGGCAGCUGCUGCUCACCCUGCGGCAUCUGCACAGCCUCCUGGAGGAGAUUCGAGCCGAAAGUACCCACUGGGAGGAACCAGGGCCCAGCAGAAGCACAUCGCCCUUCCGAGCUAGGCUGGGCUCAGAGGGCAGGGGCUGCCAGCCUGUGCCCAGGCGACUGGCCCAGCUGCUCCGAGGAGAAGAAAGCAGGCGAAGCUCCCUUCCUUAACCAGCCAGAGGACAUGCGCCA